GGAACAAGCCAAACCACCAAGCCAAACCAAACAAAUCAAUCACAAUCCUAACAACUGAGAAAUGCGCGACACUGCAUAGCUGAUACAGCUUUCUCAGUAGAAAUGGCAUAUCAACGAUACCCAGUUCGCACAAUCUCAGAAAACUAUACGAUGCUCAAAGUUCUGGGGCAGGGUUGUUACGGACAUGUCAUCAAAUGUUUGAAACGAGACACAGAAGAGACUGUGGCUGUGAAGGUCUUAAAACAAAGACAUUCAGAGCUCACAAACAUAAGAGAGGUAGCCAUACUGGAAAAGCUGAGAUGUUUGGACCCUGACAAAUAUAACAUCAUCAGAUGCCAUGAAUGGUUCCGGAGGAUCAACCAGAUCUUCAUGGUGUUUGAAAUUCUGGAUAUGAGCGUCUAUGAUUACAUGCGCCAGAGAAAAUGGGUUCCUAUGCCUUUAGAUGGCAUAAGGAUCAUAAUCAAAGAUUUGGCCACAGCCUUAAAUGCCCUGAAAGGUGUAGGACUGAUCCAUACGGAUUUGAAACUAGAUAACAUCAUGCUGGUGGAUCAUCAGCGACAGCCAUUCAGGGUGAGGCUCAUUGAUUUUGGCCUGACUCUUCACACAUUCGAAGCCAAACCAGGAAUAGGUGUUCAGCCCCUUUGGCACAGGUCUCCUGAAAUCCUUCUUGGCAUCAAGUUUACUGAGGCCAUUGACAUUUGGUCCCUUGGCUCAGUGAUGGCCGAGAUGCUUUGCGGCUUUGCACUUUUCCCAGGAAGACACAAAUAUGAUGUGCUGCGUUUCAUCAUUGACGUCCUGGGUGAACCUCCUAGGAGACUUCUGAAUGAUGGGAUUAAUACAAGGCAGUUCUACCACAUUAAUCACAAGUACAAGUUAUUCAGACGCUGGACAUUCAAGAAACCAGUGGAUUUUUACAGUGAAACAGGCAUCAAACCAGUGGAAAACAGGAAGCACAAAUUUACCUCUCUGGAUGACCUGAAAACACUGGGUCCACACCAAGAAAACAGCCCAGAGGCUUCUGAUAGAAGUGCUUGUGUUGCGCUGUUGAAAGAAAUGCUUCAGAUGGAUCCCAGGAACAGGAUUAAACCGAGUAAAGUCUUGGACCAUCCAUUCAUAACAGGGAGCUACAUCACCCCAUGCAACAGUUCACACUUCCAGGUUGUGCAGAAGAAGAUGACCAACAAUCUGAAGGCUGACGAUGGAGACCUCAAAUUGGAGUCCAUUACUAAUGGUGGCAAAACAAAUCCAGCUGUGGACUGUGACGUCCUGAGCAUCUCACUGGUUCCUCCAAACAACUCUGCUCCUGACUCUGCUUCAAACCAAGCCUCCAGCAGCAUAAAUUCACACACACCUGAAGCCAGUGAGCCUGAGAAGAAGAAGAGGACAGGAUUUUUCUCCACCUUAAGAAGAAGAAUUUCCUCCUGCAUCCAUGCACUCAGACACAUGAGAAAAUGAUGAGUGGACACAAGUUUCCACCAUAAAUAGGCUAAUACAAAAUUCAUA